GCGUUGCCGAUCAAUCAUAGUUCAUUCAUCAAAAUCCAAAGGCCGAGUAUUUCUGGGGUUAGGGUUUUUGUGGUUCUUGACCAUGGAAGUAAAGAAUCUGCUCAAGGACAAGAAGUUCUGGUUCGCUUCUUUCCUCAUUGCCUGGGCCGCUACUCUCCAGGGGCACAUGAUGUGGGUGCAGAGGCAGGAAUCUUUCAAGCAGAAAUUUGGUAGUCUUAACGAAAGCACAAAUGUUGCUGAUGAAUGACUCACAUUUGUACUAUUGUAUAUUUGUAUGAGUUCUAAGCAGAACACGAUUUUGGGUUGUCGUAUUCAAGUCCUUAAGCCAGCAGCAUUUUGUAGAGUACAUGUGAAACUGAUUAAUCUGUAGAUAAAUAAAACUAGGCAUUUCUUAUUUA